UCGAAUCAAUUCCAUGAGUUUAGUAUACUCAUAAUAAUCAACAAAAAUAACAAUAACAACAACAACAACAAAAUCCGAGACAGAAUCUUCGAAUUUUCAAUGUGAAAAAAAUGUUGUUUCGUAAAGCCUUGACAAAUAUAAAUGGUGGUUUGUUGCCAUCAUUCAUGCGUAAUUCAUUACGUGAUACAUUAUCACCAGCUACGGCUUAUUUCAUUUCUAAACGUCAUAUAAAUCUUCAAGAAUAUCAAAGUAAACAAUUGAUGGAAAAGAAUGGACUGCAGAUACAGAAAUUCCGUAUAGUAUCCGAUUUAAGUCAGGUAAAAAAUAUUGUUGCCGAUGAAGCUUUGAAAGCAAAUGAAUAUGUUAUUAAAGCACAAGUAUUGGCCGGUGGUCGUGGUAAAGGAUAUUUCAAAAAUUCCGGCUUUAAAGGUGGUGUUAAAUUGACCAAUAAUAAAGCUGAAAUCGAACCGAUUGUUAAAGCAAUGCUUGGCGAUUAUCUUAUCACUGCACAAACGACCAAAGAAGGUAUUCUGGUCAAAAAGGUGAUGAUUGCUGAAGCUAUUGAUAUACAAAAAGAACUUUAUCUGGCAAUCCUUUUGGAUCGAGCUAGCGGUGGACCCAUUAUUGUUGCAUCACCAGAAGGUGGUAUGGAUAUUGAAAAGGUAGCCGAAAAAAGUCCUGAAGCUGUUCAUAAAUUCCCAAUUUCAAUCAGUGAAAAUUCCAAAGAUUUGGAACGACAAUUGGCAUUACGAGUGGCCGGCGAAGGACUUGGAUUGAAUGGUCAACUUAAAGAGGAUGCGGCAACCGAAAUAUCAAGUUUAUAUCGAAUGUUUUUGAAAUUAGAUGCGCUACAAAUGGAAAUCAAUCCAUUGGGUAUCACCACACAGAAUCAAGUGAUUUGUUUCGAUGCUAAAAUGAAUUUCGAUGAGAAUGCAAUGUUCCGUCAGGAUUGGAUGAACCAAAUUCUCGAGGAAAAUUCAGGCGAAGAAGAUCCUAGAGAUCGAUUGGCCCGAGAAUACAAUCUAAAUUUCGUUCCAAUGGAUGGUAAUAUUGCAUGUUUAGUUAAUGGAGCCGGAUUAGCUAUGGCCACAAUGGACAUUAUACAUCGUUAUGGUGGUAGUCCAGCCAAUUUUCUCGAUGUUGGUGGUUCGGUAAAUCAGGCUGGUGUUGAAAGUGCAUUCAAAUUGAUUAUGACUGAUAAAAAAGUGAAGGCAGUUCUGGUCAACAUUUUCGGCGGUAUUGUGAAUUGUGAAACGAUCGCUAAAGGAUUGAUUGCUGCUAAAAAUCAAUUAACCGUACCAUUGGUUGUACGAUUAGAAGGAACAAACGCAGAACAGGCUAUUAAUCUGAUCAACACUGUACCGGAUAUUAUAUCGGCAAAAAACCUUGAUGAUGCUGCACAAAAAGUGGUCGGAUUUACUAAAUCAACAUAGUUAUUGAUCGUUAAUUAUAUUUUUUUUUGUACCUGGCCAAAUGUGUAAAUUAUUCACAAUAAGAAUUGACUUGGUUCAAAUUCUUUCGAAGAGAAUCCAUUGUUUUUUCGUUUGUAUUUGUUCACGUUUUUUCAUAAAAAUUAUCAAAAUAAAUUUUUGCCUAUGGAAAUAUAUCUUA